ACAAGGUGCGGCGCUACAUGGCAAUCCACGGCGAGGUGGAGCUCGCGCACGGCAAGAAGAUGAAGCUGGAGAGCAAGCAGGAGAGCAGCAACGGCGAAGACAGGAACAAGUGCUGUGCCAUCUGUAACAUGACCUUUUCCUCUCCUGUUGUGGCCAUGUCUCACUAUCUAGGCAAGACACAUGCCAAGAACCUGAAGCUGAAGCAGCAAGCCCCCAAAGCGGAAGUUGCUACACCUUCACAGAAAUGUCCCGCUCAGCUCCCUCCUGCCACAGUGCCCUCUAACGAGGAGACCAAGUGCACGGCUGACCCAGACAAGUUUUGCAGCCUCUGUCAUGCUACCUUCAACAACCCACUCAUGGCCAAGCAGCACUACACAGGCAAGAAGCACAGGAAGCAGGAGACCAAACUCAAGCUGAUGGCGCACUAUGGCCGUACUCCCGAUGCUCCUGCCGCCACCUCUGCUGCUGGGAAGGGGUACCCCUGCAGCACCUGUAACAUCGUGCUCAACUCCAUAGAGCAGUACCAGGCUCACAUCAGUGGCUUCAAACACAAGAACCAGAUGCCAGGAGCAGUGCCGGUCGUGGGCCGGUUCCCGAGGCAGCAGUACGUCCGGGAAGAGUCGACUGGCCCGGGGGGCUACAGCUACUUCAGCCAAGACUUCUAGAGCCGGCUGCAACACUACCCUGGACCCAGCUGGUGCUCCAAGAACAAACAUCCCUUGCCAACCCCACGAUUUCCUUGUCCCCAGGAUGGGCAGGACCUGACGAGCAGAACCAGCACUGCCCAUGCCUUGGGAGAGGGGCUGGCCGGAGCAGACUCCAGACGGCCUAACUCAGCCCUUAGUCUGUCUAGCCAUCACUCGGCAUUUCUUCUUGUGGUGGGGGAGGGGAAGGAGGCAGGGGCUGUUGGGCCAGGAGAGUCUUGCCUGCAAGCAGCCUGUCUCCAAUCCCCUCCCAACCCCCACAACACGCUGCAGCAAGUUCCUGUAGACGCCUGGGCCAAGGCUCCGGGAGCUGCGGUGGAUUGCACCCUUGGUGGCACAUAUGGACCCAGCCUUUCAGGGCUCCACUUGUCCAGCCCUUCCCUGCUGCUGGGAUGCUAUCAUCACGCUGGAGCCCUGGCCCGUCACCCCCAGUUGCAGCAUGUGCUGUGCAACCCCUAGGUGCAGCGAUGGAGCUGCCUGGCUCUGGAGGUUGCUGCAUACUUGCUGCCCUUCCAACUUGGAAGUUCGGGGGUGGCCUAGCCUUCUCUGCCAGUGCUCCCCCUGCACUGCGCUUGCCCCUCCAGCUGCUGGCAGGGCAGGGCUCUGCUGGAGGAGGCCCCUGCAGGAAGAAUGGGCAGCACAGCCCCCUUGUUGCAUUUUGAAUCCAGUUUGUAUGCGCCCUGUCCUCCCCCUGUGGUAUCCCCCUCCCUGCCAGGGCAGUGCCUGCGCCAGGCUGAGCUGAGCAGGCAGGUCAUGAAGGGCCAUGGCUCCUCCCUGCUGCUCCCUGUCUCUCAUGAGGCCUGUACUGUGGGUCCUGGGGCAGCCUCAGCCAUACGCGUGUGUGAUGCUGCUUCCCCUGCUUGGCAGGAAGCCCCUGCUAAGGAGGGAGACAUGCCUCUGGGCUCCAGCUUGCCCAGCACAGGCAAGGGGCAUGACAGCUGAGUGGGCAAAGCAAGUGGCUGUCCAGACCCACCUGCGUGCUGCUGUGCCUGGCCUGGAUGAGGCACUGCCAUGCCAUUGGCACUGGCUGUGCCCUUGCAGUGAAGGCCCUAGGCAGGGGCUGGAGCUAGAUGCUGCCUCUGGCUGCGCUGGUGCCCUCCGCCAUCACAGAGCAGGUAUCCAGCGUCUCCCUUGGCACCUGCUUCCCUCCCCUGUGCGGGCGCCUGCUGCUCUGAGCCUUGCCGUGUGUCUGAUGUCUGGGCUUGGCACCUUCUGGGGGAGUCCUUGAGCCCUCACAACCCGAUGAAUUAGGUGCUGCUGACCCAGAGAGAGCACUAAUGUGUGGCAGGCUAUGCCCUAGCCCAUAGCUCCUGUCUCAGCUGUGCUUCUGGCACCCUGCAAGGGCCUGGGCUCUGCCCCAGGCUGCGCAGCUCACUCCACGUGUGUCCCCACUGCUCUGUUCCACCUCCUUGGAGGCCGCCUGCCCGCGUCCACGUCCCCAGGCGUCAGUUCUCAGAAUAGAGCCUGUUUGUUACAA